UUUCGAAAAUAAAUAAAUAAAUUGUAAACGCUGCUUGGGCGAGAGAAUUUCCAAAGGAAUUUGAUUGGCUUACCGAUCUGUCAGUGUGUGUGUUAGUGUGUGUGAUCAAAAGUGUAUUCCACGAAUUUUACCACGUGUUCCGAUCCGGCCGCCAAAAUUAUUACGCACAAUUCUCUGAGCGUGUACGGUGGCGGCGUCAUGUGCGCCUCCCCGUCCACAGCUCCCGGCUUCUUCAAUCCCCGUCCCCAAUCCGGGGCCGAGUUGUCCGCCUUCGAUCUGGGACUCUCGCGCUCCAUGGGUCUGGGCGUGCCGCCGCACACAGCCUGGCAUGAUCCGAAUCUUGGUGGUCACCUGCAUGCCUCUGCAUCGGCGGGCCCUGGCCCAGGCACAGCCGGAUCGGCUGGCGGCGGCGGCACCACUCCCAGCAGUGUGGCCAGCCAACAGUCGGCGGUUAUCAAACAGGAUCUAUCCGGGCUGACCGCCUCCACGGCGAAUCUCAACCAAAGUGCACAUCACACAAUCAAAGAGGAUCUCUCCAGCCUGCCCAGUGCCAAUGGUGGUGGCUCAUCGGCGGCAGGACAUCAUGCCAGUGGUGUCCCAUCCGGUCAUACUACAGAUAUGCUACCCAUUAUCAAGGGAUCGCAGUCAUCCAGUUGUCUGGGCAGCUCAUCCGGAGGUGGAGGCGGCGGUGGUAAUGGCGGCAGCACCACACCCAGCUCCCAGGCCAAUAGCUCACAUUCGCAGAGCAGCAAUAGUGGAUCACAGAUCGAUUCCAAACAGAAUAUCGAGUGUGUUGUUUGCGGCGACAAGAGUUCCGGCAAACAUUACGGACAGUUUACCUGUGAAGGCUGUAAAUCAUUCUUCAAGCGUUCAGUGCGACGCAAUCUCACCUACUCCUGUCGUGGUAGCCGAAAUUGUCCCAUAGAUCAACAUCAUCGCAAUCAAUGCCAAUAUUGCCGCUUGAAAAAGUGCCUCAAAAUGGGCAUGAGACGUGAAGCCGUUCAACGUGGACGCGUGCCACCCACACAGCCCGGUCUGGCCGGCAUGCACAGCCAAUACCAAUUGGCCAAUGGCGAUCCCAUGAGCAUGGCCGGCUUCAAUGGUCACUCGUACCUCAGUUCCUAUAUCUCGCUGCUGUUGCGAGCGGAACCAUAUCCAACAUCCCGCUAUGGCCAAUGCAUGCAACCGAAUAAUAUAAUGGGCAUUGACAAUAUCUGCGAAUUGGCCGCCCGUCUGCUCUUCUCCGCUGUGGAGUGGGCCAAGAAUAUACCCUUUUUCCCCGAGCUGCAGGUCACGGAUCAAGUGGCCCUACUGCGUCUGGUGUGGUCGGAGCUGUUUGUCCUGAAUGCGAGUCAGUGCUCGAUGCCAUUGCAUGUGGCACCAUUGCUGGCGGCGGCGGGUCUGCAUGCCUCUCCGAUGGCAGCGGAUCGUGUGGUGGCCUUCAUGGAUCACAUACGCAUCUUCCAGGAGCAGGUGGAGAAGCUGAAGGCUCUGCAUGUCGAUUCGGCGGAAUACUCUUGCCUCAAGGCAAUUGUACUCUUCACCACCGAUGCCUGCGGUCUAUCUGAUGUGACACACAUUGAAUCCCUGCAAGAGAAAUCCCAAUGCGCUUUAGAGGAAUAUUGUCGAACACAGUAUCCCAAUCAGCCGACAAGAUUUGGUAAAUUGUUGCUAAGAUUGCCAUCACUGCGAACUGUUUCCUCACAAGUCAUUGAGCAAUUGUUUUUUGUGCGUCUAGUCGGCAAAACGCCCAUCGAAACACUGAUACGCGACAUGUUGUUGAGUGGCAACAGUUUCUCUUGGCCCUAUCUGCCUUCAAUGUGACACACA